AUGGCGAUUGUAACUUCAGUUCAAAAGGAUCUAAUCUCUUUUCUGGCCUCCAACGACAGCUGCACACGUGUGAUUCAAAUAUACAUUCAGCUUUUACAGGGGAGGUUUGCCUCUAGUUUCCUCUGCUGUGGUAAGAUCUGGUUGGACCCCAAAGAGACCAAUGAAAUCGCCAAUGCCAACUCCUAUCUGCAGAUCAGGAGGCUGAUCAAAGAUGGGCUGAUCAUUCGGAAGUCUGUGACUGUUCAUUCCGGGGCUAGCUGCCCGAAAAACACCUUGGCCCAAUGGAAGGGCAGGCAUAUGGGCAUAGGGAAGAAGUGUAACGCCAGCUCUCGGAUGCCCGAGAAGGUGACUUGGAUGAGAAGACUGAGAAACCUGCGCCAGCUUCUCAGGAGAUACCGGGAAUCUAAGAAGAUUGACCACCAUUUGUAUCACAGCCUGUCUCUGAAGGUCAAAGGGAAUGCAUUAAAAAACAAGCAGAUUCUCAUAGAGAAUAUCCACAAACUGAAGGCAGACAAGGGUCUCAGAAGCUCCUGGCUGAGGCUCGCAGGUCUAAGACCAGGGAAGCACAAAAAUGCUGGGAGGGGCGGUCCAGGCCAAGAAGGAAGAGAUCAUUAA